GGUGAGGCAGGGGCUGGGGGGUGGGGCCAUGCUGGGGGCGGAGGGGCUGGACCCUGGGUGAGGUCCUCGUUUAUGCCCUGCCGCAGCCACGCCGGCGCUAUGCAGGCUGGACCUUGGGACUCCUCGGACGAAGAGGCCGCCGAGGAGGAGCGGGCGCCGCUGGCGGUGUCCUGGUUGUCUUUGUCUCCUGUCUACUCUUCUAAGCUCCUGGGAGUGUGUUCCCUUCCAGGUUGCAAGUUUAAGGAUGUUAGAAGGAAUCUUCAGAAAGAUAUCGAUGAACUAAAGAACUAUGGGACACAGGAUAUAUUUGUGCUUUGUACCAGAGGAGAACUCCUAAAAUACCGAGUACCAAACCUUAUAGACGCCUACCAACAGCAUGGGAUCUGUGUGCACCACUAUCCUAUUCUGGACGGGGACGCUCCUGACGUUGCCGAGUGCUGCAAAAUUCUGGAAGAGCUCAGAAGCUGCCUGGAAAGCAAACAGAAGACAAUUAUACACUGUUAUGGUGGCCUUGGACGCUCAUGUCUCAUAGCUGCAUGCCUCCUGCUUCAGCUUUCGGACGCACUGGCACCUCAGCAAGCCAUAGACAGCCUCAGAAACUUAAGAGGAUCUGGGGCAAUACAGACAGUUAAGCAAUACAAUUAUAUCCAUGACUUUCGAGAGAACGUAGCUGCACAUUUGGCAAGAAAGGACACAGUCUUCAGAUCAGUAUCGCGAUAAAGUAAUACUGGCAUGGUGCACCUCUGUGUCUGCGUGGCUGUGGCAGACACCUGCACGAGGCACCUCACUCCUGACCUUUAACUGCUCAUCGCCACUGCCCGAGUGACACAGCUGCUCACCUUCAGAUGUGUGCCCAACGGGCUUGGGGCGGAAAUCCCACGGGACGUGCAGCCUCUUCAUCUGUUCGGUGCUCUUCAAUAAUCAUUGCCUUAAAAAUGCACGAAGGUGUGUUUGUGUUUGUUAGUGUUGUGCUGGUGGCUGGAGUGCCUAACGAGCUGCUUUUCACUGCAGAAGUGGUUUAUACCCAGACUGUCUCAUGUUUGGCAUCAGCUGGUAGAGACGGCACACCGGCUGCCACUGACCUGGUACGUGGGCUGUUGUGACAUCCCGGGGCUGCUCCAGUGUGGUUACCAAAUGGAAGGGAGGCAAAACACACAGCAAUAACACAACUCUUUAAACAAAAAAAAAGUCAAAAAGUACAUGUAUAAUCCUCUGUAGGCUAGAGCAAGUCUCCCAGAAACAUGCCUGCUAUAGGCUACCUCAGUCAUCUUUAACUAGAUCCACUCAAAGACCAGAGAAAUUGAGUAGACUCCUGAAGAAAACAUUUAAACUAGCUGUGUCCUGUUCUGAGGAAGUGCUGGUGAUCCGCUGCAGUGCUCAGGUGCCCUCUGGCACUCUGUGAGGUAAGUGUUGGCUCUGGGAAGAAGGCCUGCAUCACCCACGCUGUGCCCCUGUGGCUCCUUUCAUCGUUAGACAAAGCAGUGGGGUUAGAGGAACUGUUGCUGCUGGGCUGCAGCUGCUGUGCAGCUCUUCUCUGGGAAGCAGCAUCCUGACCCUUCUGUAACCACAUCUCCUGUUUCUUUGUCACGAUUUCUGUAAGCCCUGCCAGGCCCUGCUUUCUUCCCUGCUGACCCAGUGUCAGCACACCCCGAUGGUGCUGCUGUCCUGCUCUGAGGGUUACCUUGUAGCCCCCAGCUGCAGCCCCCAGGGAGGCUGAGGUUUGUGGUGUAUUCUGACAAUGUUUCAGUAACUGUUCAAGUUAUGCUGGGAGCUGGUGCCACACCACCUGUUUUGAGUUGAAGUAGAACUGUGUGAUUAACUGUAAAAUGUGUGGCUGUGACAACUUUUUUAAAUGCUGCCAUGUAGUUAAAGGUGAUUUCUAUCGGCUGUGUUUAAUUAGCUCUUACUGUCACUCUUCUCUGCUCCUCAGGCAGACAACAGGAACUGUUUCUUUCCACAGCUUGGAAGCACCGAGAGAGUAAUUUCCUUAAAAUGUUCAUUGUUCUUUCCCUGACACUGCUUCCCAAUGCUCAAACAGAAAUCAGAAAAACAAGUUAUUUUUCAAGGUGGCUUAGCAGGAAAGUUGCUGACGGGGAGAGAGAUGUUACUUAUUUUCUCCCUAAUCUUUUGCCGUGUGGCACUCCAAGAAACAAAUACCAGAUCCACAUUUUGAUUGUGAAAUACCAAGUAGUUUGGGUAGCCAUCGUAUGUGCUUUUCUGCAUGCAGCAGUUCCUUUCACAGGGACCACGCAGGUAAAACCGAGAUCUGUGGCUUGCAUCCCUGGGUACAGGUAACUUUCGUACAAACCAGAAGCCGGAUUUCUGCCAGCACACACUGAUCUUUUAAAAAAUAAAAGUGCUAAAAAAACAUCUUCUAAACAGCCUUCUCUGAAGGAUGCUUUAUUUGGCAGCUCGCUUUGCCAUAUUCUCAUGAGACUUUGAUUUCCAACCUUUCCCUCCAAUGUUUUCAACUGUUUAGAAGGUCUUUUAGUGAGAUUAUUUAAAUCCUUUAGUUCUCAUGUACUUAUACGCAGCGCCAAGACAAACUAAGCCUUUUGUUCCCAGAGUUAGCUGUAAGUUCAAGUUGUCCAGUGGAUCUGCACCAGCAAAUUAACUCUCCUGUUUUCACUUUUGGAUUCCUCUGUUCCGGAUUAUAUGUACACACUUGCAAAGUAGAUGUGUAAAGCCUUGUUAUGUUUUGUUAUUACUGGAGAAAUGAUUUUCUUCUAUGCAGCUGAGUGCACUGGGUCAUAGCUCUGCACUACCGAAGCCCUGGCUUUCAAAGGGUGAGUAAAAUUCCCUCUGAAGGCAUCGCACUGAUGCAACACAAGGGGCUGGGGACUCAGCCCCAGGACAGUGCAAGUGUUUGCAGACAUUUUGCUUAAUAUGGAUAAAGCCAUUCCAUGGCUAGAUGUGUUUUUCAAGAGAAGCUACCAGUUUGAACUCAGUAAAUUCUGUGUUGUUUAUUCCAGCUUAACUCACCCGGGUACCAAGGGAGUUAUGGUCUCUUUUAGAAGGCCACAGGGAGCUGGGGGCUGUGAGCCAGCCAUAAACUCACUUCAAGUAACAAAUAAACAAACAUACCCAAGGAAGGGUUAUGCAGGCUCAAGUCAUCAUAACAGCAUCAUCAUAACAGCAGUUUCUGAUGGAGCUAUGCAGCGGGAAAAUGAGGAUGAUCCAACAGGAACGAUAUUCAUGAAUUUCCAAAAAGUCAUUCAGAAAUCCUUUAGCUAAAAGUUCAAAAUUGUUAUUAUAUAAGGAAGAGAAUUCUCUUGUCAACAACUGGUAGGAGGGUAUCACAGACCAGUAACAAGCAGUUUCAGGUGAACAGGGACUCAUCAGAGCUUCAGAGAUGCACGAGUUGGAACCUCUGUCUUUGAACAUACUCAGAUGAUGGGGGAAAACACAGGAAUGAGAUGAAACCUGCCACUGUUGCAAAAGUUAAGGGACGAUAAAAAGAAAAUCUGGCAAUGCUAAAGCAUGGGAAAUUAAGUUUCAAUAAAUGCAAAGAAGAAACUUAAAAAUGAUUUUAUAUACACAGUAACAAGCUGUCAAGUAUCUAUUAUCACAAGACAGAGACUUACAAGGUCUCAGAGCUGACACCUAAUCCCUGCCUGCACUGCAUUAUAAAAAGAGAGGAAACCAGAAGCAGAGAGCAGGAAACUGCCACUCGAAAUCCCCAUGGCACCCAAAGCUUGUGCGAUGCCAACAGUUCUGGUCUCCUCCGGUUUGGAAAUGGGGAAAAAAAGGACAAUCACAAGGCUGUGGAAGGCCCUCCAGGCAAGAGAUGAAAUAAGACUUCCCUGCUCUGAAAGGUGACCUGACAAAAGUCUAGUUAGAUCAUGCCUGGCAUAAGAUACAAAAGGCGAAAUUUUCAUUAUGCCUCAAAAACAAGAACUUGCAGGCACCAAAUGAAAUUAACAUAAAAUUUUUAGCAAGGUAUUUGGUUUUUAA